CUAUUAAAUUGUUAAUUUCUAGCUAUGUUAGGAGUAGCCGUGCCCUCUAGCUCUCGGUCAGCGGAUGUAACGUCCUGUCUGUUAGUUAGAUGAAGGCGGUGCUAGCGGUGCCCAAGCAGCAGCAGGGCCUCGCCUUUGUGGGUGUAGAGAGAGAAGAUGGCUCCCGUUCUGGAGAAACAGCUCCCGGGUGCAGCCGGACCGGGUGACAAUAACAAGGAAGACGAAGAAGGACAAAACCUCUGGUCCUCAAUACUCAGUGAAGUCUCAACAAGGUCGAAUUCAAAGUUACCAUCAGGAAAAAAUAUCCUCGUGUUUGGUGAGGAUGGAUCGGGAAAGACGACGCUUAUGGCCAAACUCCAAGGAGCUGAGCACAACAAGAAGGGGAGAGGGCUGGAGUAUCUUUACUUGAGCGUCCAUGAUGAAGACCGAGAUGACCUGACUCGCUGCAAUGUGUGGAUCUUGGAUGGAGAUCUGUACCAUAAAGGCCUUCUAAAGUUUGCUGUCACGCCUCAGUCGCUACCCAGCUGUCUGGCGGUUCUUGUUGCGGACAUGUCGCGGCCCUGGACCAUUAUGGAGUCAUUGCAAAAGUGGGCCAGUGUUCUACGAGACCAUGUGGACAAGCUAAAGAUUCCUCCAGAGGACAUGAGAGAAAUGGAACAAAGGAUGGUAAAAGCCUUUCAAGAGUACUCGGAACCAGAAGAUGCCGCCCCAUCCUCCCCACGACGGGCCCCAACGUCAGGGGAAGAAGAGACUGUUGUUCUACCGCUUGGAGAAAACACACUUACACACAACUUGGGCAUUCCAGUGUUAAUUGUUUGCACAAAGUGCGACGCGAUCAGCGUAUUAGAGAAGGAGCACGACUUCAGAGAGGAGCAUUUUGAUUUCAUCCAGUCCUGCAUCAGACGGUUUAGCUUACAGUAUGGUGCUGGCCUGAUCUACACUUCAGUCAAAGAGGAGAAAAACCUGGAUCUGCUUUACAAAUACAUCGUACACAAGCUGUAUGACUUUCAAUUCGUCACACCAGCCUUAGUGGUGGAGAAAGAUGCAGUGUUCAUUCCGUCUGGAUGGGAUAAUGAGAAGAAAAUUGGGAUUUUGCAUGAAAACCUCACAACAGUCAAACCAGAAGAUCCUUUUGAAGAUUUCAUCACAAAGCCUCCAGUGCGAAAGUUGGUCCAUGACAAAGAAAUAAAUGCAGAGGAUGAACAAGUAUUCCUGAUGAAGCAGCAGUCUUUGUUAGCAAAGCAGCCAGCAACUCCAACAAGAGGAGCAACAGAGUCUCCAGGAAGGACAGCCUCUGGGUCUCCCAGAGCACCGAGUCGUGCUGGUCAGCCAAGUGUAACCAGCUCACCGAUGGCCUCUGUCAAAAAGCCUGACCCUAACAUGAAAGGAGCUGCUAAUGAAGGAGUGCUGGCCAACUUCUUCAACAGUCUGUUGAGUAAAAAGACCGGAUCGCCAGGAAGCCCAGGAGCUGGAGCAGUGGGAGCUGGGGUGCAGGGAUCUGCAAAGAAAACAGGGCAGAAGCCGGGUUUGACUGACGUCCAGGCCGAGUUGGACCGGAUGACUCGCAAACAAGACUCCUCCACAGUUUCAGCUAACAACAUACCGCCAACAGAAAACGAAGCGUGAAGGCAACAAAACGGCUGCAUCGUCCACUGCGUUAAUACUCUGGAAAAAAAUAUAUGUACAUGUGAGCAUAAAAAAAAAA